GCACUGACAGUAGAACAAGAUGGCGAUACCGCGAGUGUUGUGUCGCGUUCGCCUCCUAAUUCCCACCGACUUUUCAGUGAUUUCCAAAUACUCGCCGGUCGUAAAUAGUGUUUCAAUAAAUAAAUGUGCAAGGUUUCGACAUUCGAUACGACACUUUAGGACAAACUUUCCCGCGGGUUUAGUGUUAAAUACAUCGCAAAAACAGGAUCGAAGCUCGUCCUCUUCAUCAGACAGUGAUUCCUCAGACUGCGAUGAAGACGACGUAACGAUAGAAUAUCACCGCGGCUUGCCCCAAAUCACCGUGCCACUUCCCAGCAGAAGGGAACGAUGUAGGUUUACGCUGAAGCCGAUCUCGAACACAGUCGGCGAUUUCCUCGAGAUGCUGAAAAAGGAGGAUCGAGGUAUCGAUCGAGUGGUGUGCAAAAGCACAGAUGGGACAAGGAUAGCGUCCUCCACGACCAUCGAGACUUUAUUACAGGACGAUUUUAAAUUACUCAUCAACGAUAAUGCCUACAACGUGGAUUCGCCUAAGCAGGAACGGCUGACUACCGAAGAGGUUCAAGGGUUAAGCGACUUGAAAGCGCUAGUGAGUCGACUUUAUGAAGCUUUAAACGUACGAGACCACCAAUUGCAGAAAGAAGUCGAAUUGACGACGCAAUUGGAGACACUCCAGCAGGAAAUACUGCCUCUGGAGGAGCAGAAAAAGCUGGAGCUGGAGCAGGUGGCGAACAGACGCAGCAACUGGAUGGCAUGGGCCGGCUUGGGGCUAAUGUCGGUCCAGUUCGGUAUUUUGGCCCGUUUGACGUGGUGGGAGUACUCGUGGGAUAUUAUGGAACCCGUCACUUAUUUCGUGACGUACGGCACUGCCAUGGCCGCUUACGCCUAUUUCGUACUGACUCGCGAGGAAUACAUGUUAAACGAUGUUAGAGACAGACAGCAACUGCUUGUGCUUCACAAAAAAGCCAAAAAGACUGGUUUCGAUGUUAAUCAAUACAACGUUCUCAAAGACCAAAUAGCUAAACUAGAAUUAGAUUUAAAAAGGUUGAGGGAUCCUCUGAAAUUGAGGCUGCCGCCGAAAGCCAAGGAGGAGAAGAAGGCAGAAGAGGAGAAGGCGAAAGAAUGAUGCGUGGGAUGUUAUUUAUUGAAUGUAGGGUAGUGAGAUGCCAUUGCAGUAUAAGGGUUGAGGACUGUUACGAAGCUCAAUUUUUGUUAUUUAUUAAGGACUAAUGCAUGUUUUCGGCUGUAUAUAUGUACAUUUGUUGUUUAGUACAAGGGCGGAGGGCCAAGUGGCCCUGUAUGUAUUUUUUACCAAUAUAGAUAUUUAUUUUUUUAUUUUAUUUCUUUGUGCGACUUUGCCUCUCCGCGCCCCUAGUUGGCACUUGUGAUACUUUUACACAAAGACGACUAAUUUGCGAUAUUUCCAACCAAAGUUUAUUUUUUUAGCUUGUAUGUAUAUACAGUUGACGUUGACCGCUACCACCAUCAGGGAUUUUAGUACCUCUCUCCCAAUGCUUCUCUUCUAACAGCGAAUUUUGACAAAACUAAGCACAAAUCCGUCCUGUUUAGGAUGUAGUCGUUCUUCUUAGUAUUUUGAACACCAUCCGCUUAAUUACGUUUAACUUCCCUUUAAUUAUUAUGGUGCUAGGCUAUGUUAAUGCACUCGCGAUUGUAAUUGCACACUUUUUGCUGUGAUUUGGUAAUCCAACGAGAUACAAUCAUUUUUGCAUGUUUCGAAGCUUUAAUCUUUGACAUUUUUUCAAGUUUGUAAAUAUAGAUGAGCUUAAUUGUUGACUUUUGCACCUCCGCAGUGCCAAAGUGAGGUGAAUUUUGUAAAUCUUAUCCAGUUAUUGAGAUUUUUGACUUCCACUUGGAGACCUCUAUUAUCCUACUAGUGUAUAGUUCAUGGUUUUAUACUCGCGCCAGCCAUAUUUACUUAAGUAUAGCCUUCGUUUGUUGGUUUGUUUACAAUCUCAAGACUAGUGUGAUUCAUUUUAUUAUUGUGACGUUUGUACAUAUUCAAAUCUUUUAAUUGUAAUGACAUUACGAAAUAUACAAUUGUUGCCAAA